AGGAAGUUAUCAUUUACCAUAUUGUAGUUCAACGCAACAUCAUUUUGAUGACCACAGAGGUUGCAGAAGACUCGAUUGCUUGACUUGGGUGUGCUGAAAGUGGUUGUCCACCUCGGAAAACACAUCAGAAAUCUACUUGCUCAUUCACGAAGGCCUAAAAAACUAAAACUAAUUCCACUAAUCCGACCAGAAGUACCACGACAUCAGUCAGAUCAUAAAUGGUAUGACAUCAUUCAAUCGAUCCAUCACUCUUUCGCUGGUGAGGAUGGUGGAAGAGCAUCCCUGAUCGAUGAAAGAAGCACUGCUGAAAUCUUCACUUAUUUCACCUCCGAAAACCGAACCUGGUCGUGGACAACUCGCGUAGACGUACAGAGAAAUAUACAGAGAAUUUGUAGAAUAGUCCUUCCUGAAUUUGAUACAAGAAUUAUAUAAGAUUAGAAGAUCCCCGUCGGCUUUCGAAGAAGUUAUCGAAACAUCGAUAAAUUAUAGUUUGGUCUAGUACAACUAGCCUACUCGUGUGCGAGUUCAACUGUAGUUCCCGCUGUAAUUAUUCGGAAUCUCAGAUACAGGACGUUGUUCAUGUUGAUGAUACAACAGAGGUAAGACCACGCAAGUCAUAAGUUUCUUUGAUACCAUACAGACAGAAGCAGGAUUGUAACUAAUUUUUGACUCGCCUUUGCGGUAAUUUCAAGAAAAUAGCUGCAAUAAGAAUUAGUUGUAUUUAAAUUGAUCUUUUGGUUUCGCGUUGGAGGACAACAUCAACAGCAUCACCCAUCACCAGUCUCGUUCAACAUACCCACUACAAGCGGCUCUACUCUUCAGCCACAUCAUCAUCUUAUCUACAUUGCGGUGGUCUAGUGUCCAUGUUUUUUGGUACGUGGAAUGUACUCAUGAGCAUCUAUAAAUUUAAACCAUCACGUGAGGGAGGACGCCCGAUCUUAAUCGUCCGUCUAAAGACUUCUGUCGAGAGAAAAACACGUUCCGCAGUAUCAUCAUGUGCUGGUGGAAGAUGUUAUUACCUUUUUCAACCUCUUCCAUGAUCUCACCCUUUCUUUUCUCAUGGUAAGAACGUAGCACACAUCAACUCGAGGUCAAUACCGAACGGCUAUUGAUCGCCGUCCGAAUGCCGCCAAUGAGCGUUAAGACUGGC